GCGAGGAGGAUCAACGUCCUGAACCGGUGAAAUGCUUUGUAGAGGGUGAAAUUGCGCACCUUGAAAGCAAGAACGGAAUCUCAGAGUGCGGAAAUCCUUUAGAAACAUUCUCAGAUUCAAAGGUUGACAAACAAGAGGAAGAUGCACGGAGAAAAGGUGAGGCACUGGAUAGGAGAGGCUUCAGUGGUGGUGGAGGAACAUAGUGAAGGAUUUUCUACUGUAGAGCACAGCAAAACGAGUUCAACAGAUCACGAAGGCGAAAGCGAGACCAACUUAUAUGGGAGCAUUCAGCCUGUCACCUAUGAGCUUGCUAGACCGAAGUUAAAUUCUGAGGAGGACGAAGCAGCAACUUCAAGAGAAAGUUCAAAAACAAUCACCACUGCUGGAGAUGAGAGACAAGUUGUAGAACAAAGCUUCGAGGAAGAGGGGAGGGUAGAGGAAGCAAAUACUAGUUAUGACACCAUUGGAGAUGAAACUCCCGAUGAACAGAAUCUCCCAGUGGCAAGUAUCUUGAUGCGAAUUGUUACGGAGUCAGAGAUUGCUGAAGUAGGUGAGAGCACCAUAUCGGAGCCAAAUGAAAUUGUUGAAACAUCUGAAGAAGUUCUUAAUGUUUCAACGGUGAAAAGUGACGAAGGUGAUCAGGGAGAUGGCACCAACGUAACUAAGGAUGACAAAGAUGUAGAUACAUUUAGCGCCAAAGUGGCUGAAGAUGAUGAGUAUACUAGUGCAGUCACGAUUAAAGAAACAAGCGCAAAAGUAACACCAAAUGAUGAUGAAAGUUCACCACAGACCUUGCAGAGAAGUGAUUCAGGAGAGGAGCUUCAACAUUCGCAGGAUGUGUUGCCUGAGGAAACUAAGACAGAAACAUCCCGGGAAAAUGCAGAAGAAAGUACCUGCACAAAAGAGGAAACAACAAUUCAGCACAUGCAAGAAUCCUUGGAAGAAGAAAAUAAAGAAGCGACUGAAAACACAAGUAAUUUAGAAGAUGACAAUGCAAGGGAGGAGGUGCUUGAGACUUCCGGUACAAAACAAGAAACUGGAGAACACUUGGUUGGGGAAAUCCAUACGGAAUCCCCUCAAGAUUUCGUUGAUAAAGAAACAAAUGAAGAAACCUCCACAGAGUCUCAGGCAUGUGUUGAGGCAGCCGAUUUGAGUACAUAUACAGAGGAAAAGAACUUAGAGGAACAAGCCAUUCCGGAACUCUCUUCUCCGUUGGCAGUAGAAGAAACAGCUAAGGAAAUCCCAAAGGAAGAAGAAACCGGUGUCUUGAUUCUAAAAGAAGAGAAUAAGGAAGAAGAUGCAGAAUGUAACGAGCCCGCUGAGGUAGCGAGUUUGACACAUGAAACACAAUCUGAAACCACAGAGGACACAACAGAGCCAAAUAAGGGACUCAGUGCUCCAAUUUCAGAAGAAAGCAACAAAACAUUUGUUGAAAAUAUUUCCACCCUCGCUGAGGUAUCUGAGACGGAGACAGAGAAAAAUAUUCAGGAGAAAGAUGGCCUGGCGGUUGGCAAUUCUGACUCUGCAUCGGGUGAAGUGAGUCAUGUAACAGGUUUGAAGGAAGCUGAAACAGAAAAGGAGGAGCAGAAAGAAAACAUCGAUACUGCUCCAGAAGAGAAGGGUCAAGCAACCAUCUUAAAAGAUGAAACGGCCUCGGAAGUUGAAGAUAUUGGUGUACAAGCAGAGGAAAAUUGUGAAUCAAAAGAGAAUUUGGAGGAGCAUAUUCCAACAGCAGCAGAUGAGGGUGAAGCAUUCUCGAAGGAAGCCGAUGUGCAAGCAGAGAAAAAUGAAAAAUCCUUCGACGUGGAAGAUACCAAUGUGCAAGCAGAGAAAAAUGUCGAAUCAAAUGAGAACUUGAAGGAGAAUAUUCCAAGAGCAGCAGAUGAAGGUGAAACAUUUCCGAAGGAAGCUGAAGCAGAAAGCAAGGAUGAGAUUAAAAAUGACGAUAUUGUUCAUCCAGAUAUUGAUGGAGACGGAGAUGAAAUCGAUAGUUCUGAAGAGAACUUGGAUAAGCAGAUUCCAGCAGGGGAAUGUGAAACAAGCUUGAAAGCAGCCGAAGCAGAAUAUAAGGAGCAGGUCAUUCAUGCUGAUAUUGCUCCUGAAGAGAAGGGUCUAGCAACCAUCUUAACAGAUGAAACACCCAAGGACUGUGUCGAAUCAAAAGAGAAAGUGGAGGAGCAGAUUACAACAGCAGAUGAAGGCGAAAAAAGUACUUAUAUUUCUCCUGAAGAUAGUGAAGUACAAGAAGAUGAAAAUUUUAUUACACUAGAGAAUUUGGAGAAGCCGAUUCGAACAACAUCAGGUGAACGAGAAACAGGCUUGGGAGAAGCUGAAGCAGAAAUUAAGGAGCAGGUCAAAAGUAUUGAUAUUGUUCCUGAAGAGAUGGCAACCAUCUCAACAACUGAGACACCCUUGGACGUUGAAGAUAUCGGUGUACAAGCAGAGGAAACUCUCAAAUCAAAAGAGAACGUGGAGGAGCAUAUUCCAACAGCAGCAGAUGAAGGUGAAAAAUUCUUGAAGGAAGCCGAAGCAGAAAACAAGGCGCAGAUUGACGAGGAAACUUUGAAUUCACAAGAAUCCUCAGACAAAGAAAAAGAAGAAGUGACUGAAAUUACAAACACAAAAGAUGACACUGAAAGGGAGGAGGUGCUUGAGACUACCAGCACGGAGCAAGAAACUGGAGAACAUGUGGUACACGAAAUUCAUAGAGUCCCAGAACCUCCUCGAGAUUCCAUUGAUAAAGAAACAAAUGAAGACAACUCCGCGGAAUAUCAGGCAUGUACUGAGGUAGCUGAUGUGAGUACAAGUGCAGAGGAAAAGAACUUAGAGGAACAUGCCAUUCGGGAACUCUCUUCUCCACUGGUAGUAGAAGAAGCAACUAAAGAAAUCCCGGAAGUUGAAAGGCAGGACAAAAACAUUGAUACUGCACCUGAAGAAAAGGGUCAAGCAACCAUCUCAGCAGAUGAAAUGGCCUCGGAAGUUGAGGAUAUUGAUGUACAAUUAAAGGAGAAUCUUGAGUCAGAAGAGAACUUGGAGGAACAAUUUCUGAUAGCAGCAGAUGAAGGUGAAAUAAUCUCCAAAGAUGCCAAAGCAGAAAACCAGGAGCAGAUAAAAAAUGUUGAUAUUGCUCAUGAAGAUGUUGAUGCACAAGCGGAGAAAACUGUCAACUCAGAAGAGAACAUAGAUAAGCAGAUUCCUUCAAUAGCACAUGAAGGUGAAACAAGCUUGAAAGAAACCGCUGUCUUGAUUCUAAAAGAAGAGAAAAAGGAAGAAGAUACAGAAUGUAACGAGCCUUCUGAGGUAGCGAGUAUGACACAUGAAACACGAACUGAAACCACAGAGGACAUAACAGAGCCAAAUAAGGACCUCAAUGCUCCAAUUUCAGGAGAAAGCAACAAAACAUUUGUUGAAAAUAUUUCCACUCUCGCUGAGGUAUCUGAGAUGGAGACUGAGAAAAAUGGCCUGGCUGUCAGCAAUUCUGACUCUGCGUCGGGUGAAGUGAGUCAUGUAACAGGUUUGAAGGAAGCUGAAACAGAAAAGGAGGAGCAGAAAGAAAACAUGGAUACUGCUCCGGAAGAGAAGGGUCAAGCAACCAUCGUAAAAGAUGAAAUGGCCUCGGAAGUUGAAGAUAUUGGUGUACAAGCAGAGGAAAAUUGUGAAUCAAAAGAGAAGUUGGAGGAGCAUAUUCCAACAGCAGCAGACAAGGUUGAAACAUUCUCAAAGGAAGCCGAGGCAGAAAAUGAGGAGCAGAUAAACAAUGGUGAUGUUGCUGCUGAAGAGAAGGUUUCGGAAACCAUCUUAACAAAUGAAAGAACCUUCGACGUGGAAGAUACCAAUGUGCAAGCAGAGAAAAAUGUCGAAUCAAAUGAGAACUUGGAGGAGACUAUUCCAACAGCAGCGGAUGAAGGCGAAACAUCCCUGCAGGAAGCUGAAGCAGAAGGCAAGGAUGAGAUUAAAAGUACUGAUAUUGCUCAUGCAGAUACUGAUGGACAUGGAGAUGAAAUUGAUAAUUCUGAAGAGAACUUGGAUAAGCAGAUCCCAGCAGGCGAACGUGAAAUAAGCUUGAAAGCAGCCGAAGCAGAAUAUAAGGAGCAGGUCAAACAUGCUGAUAUUGUUCCUGAAGAGGAGGGUCUAGCAACCGUCUUAACAGACGAAACACCCUUAGAUGUCGAGGAUAUUGAGGUAAAAACUGACUGUGUCGAAUCAAAAGAGAAUGUGGAGGAGCAGAUUCCAACAACAGUAGAUGAAGGCGGAAAAAGUACUUAUAUUUCUCCUGAAGAUAUUGAAGUACAAGCAGAUGAAAAUUUUAUUACACUAGAGAAUUUGGAGAAGCCAAUUCUAACAACAUCAGGUGAACGAGAAACAGGCUUGGGAGAAGCUGAAGCAGAAAUUAAGGAGCAGGUCAAAAGUAUUGAUAUUGUUCCUGAAGAGAUGGCAACCAUCUCAACAGCUGAGACACCCUCGGAUGUUGAAGUUAUCGGUGUACAAGCAGAGGAAAGCCUCAAAUCAAAAGAGAGCGUGGAGGAGCAGAUUCCAACAGCAGCGGAUGAAGAUGAAAGAUUCUUGAAGGAAUCCAAAGCAGAAAACAAGGAGCUGAUCGACGAGGAAAAUUUGAAUUUACAAGAACAAGUGACUGAAAUUACAAACACAAUAGAAGAUGACACUGAAAGGGAGGAGGUGCUUGAGACUACCAGUACGGAGCAAGAAACUGGAGAACAUGUGGUACACGAAAUUCAUACUGUCCCAGAACCCCCUCGAGACUCCAUUGAUAAAGAAACAAAUGAAGACAACUCCGCGGAAUAUCAGGCAUGUACUGAGGCAGCUGAUUUGAGUACAAGUGCAGAGGAAAAGAACUUAGAGGAACAUGCCAUUCGGGAACUCUCUUCUCCACUGGUAGUAGAAGAAGCAACUAAAGAAAUCCCGAAAGAAGAAGAAACCUACCCCACGCUUCUAGAAGAAGAGGAAAAGGAAGGGCAUGCAACAUGUAACAAGCCCAAUGAGGAAUAUGAGGCAGAGAUUGAGAAAAAUAUUCAGGAGAAAGAUGGCAACACAGUUAGCAAUUCUGAAUCUCUGUCUGGAGAACUGAGUCAUGUAACAGCCUUGAAGGAAUGUGAAACAGAGAUUGAAAGGCAGGACAGGAACAUUGAUACUGCUCCUGAAGAGAAGGGUCAAGCAACCAUCUCAGCAGAUGAAACAGCCUCGGAAGUUGAGGAUAUUGAUGUACAAUUAAAGGAGAACCUUGAGUCUAAAGAGAACUUGGAGGAACAAUUUCCAACAGCAGCAGAUGAAGGUGAAAUAAUCUUGAAAGAAGCUGAAGCAAAAAACCAGGAGCAGAUAAAAAAUGUUGAAAUUGCUCAUGAAGAUGUUGAUGCACAAGCGGAGAAAACUGUCAACUCAGAAGAGAACAUAGAUAAGCAGAUUCUGCCAAUAGCACAUGAAGGUGAAACAAGCUUGAAAGAAACCGCUGUCUUGAUUCUAAAAGAAGAGAUAAAGGAAGAAGAUACAGAAUGUAAUGAGCCUGCUGAGGUAGCGAGUAUGACACAUGAAACACGAUCUGAAACCACAGAGGACAUAACAGAGCCAAAUAAGGACGUCAAUGCUCCAAUUUCAGGAGAAAGCAACAAAACAUUUGUUGAAAAUAUUUCCACACUCGCUGAGGUAUCUGAGACGGGGACUGAGAAAAAUGUUCAGGAGAAAAAUGGCCCGGCUGUCAGCAAUUCUGACUCUGCGUCAGGUGAAGUGAGUCAUGUAACAGGUUUGAAGGAAGCUGAAACAGAAAAGGAGGAGCAGAAAGAAAACAUUGAUACUGCUCCGGAAGAGAAGGUUCAAGCUACCGUCUUAAAAGAUGAAAUGGCCUCGGAAGUUGAAGAUAUUGGUGUACAAGCAGAGGAAAAUUGUGAAUCAAAAGAGAAGUUGGAGGAGCAUAUUCCAACAGCAGCAGACAAAGUUGAAACAUUCUCAAAGGAAGCCGAGGCAGAAAAUGAGGAGCAGAUAAACAAUGGUGAUGUUGCUGCUGAAGAGAAGGUUUCGGAAACCAUCUUAACAAAUGAAAGAACCUUCGACGUGGAAGAUACCAAUGUGCAAGCAGAGAAAAAUGUCGAAUCAAAUGAGAACUUGGAGGAGACUAUUCCAACAGCAGCGGAUGAAGGCGAAACAUCCCUGCAGGAAGCUGAAGCAGAAAGCAAGGAUGAGAUUAAAAGUACUGAAGCAGAAAGCAAGGAUGAGAUUAAAAGUGCUGAUAUUGUUCCUGAGGAGAAGGGUCUAGCAACCGUCUUAACAGAUGAAACACCCUUAGAUGUCAAGGAUAUUGAGGUAAAAACUGAGGACUGUGUUGAAUCAAAAGAGAAUGUGGAGGAGCAGAUUCCAACAACAGCAGAUGAAGGCGAAAAAAGUACUUAUAUUUCUCCUGAAGAUAUUGAAGUACAAGCAGAUGAAUUUAUUACACUAGAGAAUUUGGAGAAGCCGAUUCUAACAUCAGGUGAACGAGAAACAGGCUUGGGAGAAGCUGAAGCAGAAAUUAAGGAGCAGGUCAAAAGUAUUGAUAUUGUUCCCGAAGAGAUGGCAACCAUCUCAACAGCUGAGACACCCUCGGAUGUUGAAGUUAUCGGUGUACAAGCAGAGGAAAGCCUCAAAUCAAAAGAGAACAUGGAGGAGCAGAUUCCAACAGCACCAGAUGAAGGUGGAAAAUUCUUGAAGGAAUCCAAAGCAGAAAACAAGGAGCUGAUCGACGAGGAAAAUUUGAAUUCACAAGAAUCUUCAGACAAAGGAAAACAAGAAGUGACUGAAACUACUAACACACUAGAAGAUGACACAGCAAGGGAGGAGGUGCUUGAGAAUACCUGCACGGAGCAAGAAACUGGAGAACAUGUGGUACACGAAAUUCAUACUGUCGUGGAAACCCCUCGAGAUUCCGUUGAUAAAGAAACAAAUGAAGAGAACUCCGCGGGAUAUCAGGCAUGUACUGAUGCAGCUGAUUUGAGUACAACUGCAGAGGAAAAGAACUUAGAGGAACAUGACAUUCAGGAACUCUCUUCUCCGCUGGUGGUAGAAGAAGAAACUAAUGAAAUCCCGAAGGAAGAAGAAACCUACGCCACGCUUCUAGAAGAAGAGAAAAAGGAAGGGCAUGCAACAUGUAACGAGCCGACUGAGAAAUAUGAGGCAGAGAUUGAGAAAAAUAUUCAGGAGAAAGAUGGCAACACAGUUAGCAAUUCUGAAUCUCUGUCUGGAGAACUGAGUCAUGUAACAGCCUCGCAUGAAUCUGAAACAGAGAUUGAAAGGCAGGACAAAAAUAUUGAUACUGCUGCUGAAGAGAAGGGUCAAGCAACCAUCUUGAAAGAAAACAUUGAUACUGCUCCGGAAGAGAAGGGUCAAGCAACCAUCUUGAAAGGUAAAGCGGCCUCGGAAGUUGAAGAUAUUGGUGUACAAGCAGAGGAAAAAUGUGAAUCAAAAGAGAAUUUGGAGGAGCAUAUUCCAACAGCAGCAGACAAGGUUGAAACAUUCUCGAAGGAAGCUGAGGCAGAAAAUGAGGAGCAGAUAAACAAUAGUGAUGUUGCUGCUGAAGAGAAGGUUCUGGAAACCAUCUUAACAAAUGAAAAAUCCUUCGACGUGGAAGAUACCAAUGUGCAAGCAGAGAAAAAUGUCGAAUCAAAUGAGGACUUGGAGGAGAAUGUUCCAACAGCAGCAGAUGAAGGUGAAACAUUCCCGAAGGAAGCUGAAGCAGAAAGCAAGGAUGAUAUUAAAAAUGCUGAUAUUCCUCAUGCAGAUAUUGAUGGACACGGAGAUGAAAUCGAUAGUUCUGAAGAGAACUUGGAUAAGCAGAUUCCAGCAGGGGAAUGUGAAACAAGCUUGAAAGCAGCCGAAGCAGAAUAUAAGGAGCAGGUCAUACAUGCUGAUAUUGCUCCUGAAGAGAAGGGUCUAGCAACCAUCUUAACAGAUGAAACACCCUUAGACUUUGAGGAUAUUGAGGUAAAAACUGAGGACUGUGCUGAAUCAAAAGAGAAUGUGGAGGAGCAGAUUCCAACAACAGCAAAUGAAGGUGAAAAAAGUACUUAUAUUUCUCAUGAACAUAUUGAAGUACAAGCAGAUGAAAAUUUUAUUACACUAGAGAAUUUGGAGAACCCGAUUCCAACAACAUCAGGUGAACGAGAAACAGGCUUGGGAGAAGCUGAAGCAGAAAUUAAGGAGCAGGUCAAAAGUAUUGAUAUUGUUCCUGAAGAGAUGGCAACCAUCUCAACAACUGAGACACCCUUGGAUGUUGAAGAUAUCGGUGUACAAGCAGAGGAAACUCUCAAAUCAAAAGAGAACGUGGAGGAGCAUAUUCCAACAGCAGCAGAUGAAGGUGAAAAAGUCUUGAAGGAAGCCGAAGCAGAAAACAAGGAGCAGAUUGAUGAGGAAACUUUGAAUUCACAAGAAUCCUCAGACAAAGACAAAGAAGAAGUGACUGAAAUUACAAACACAAAAGAUGACACUGAAAGGGAGGAGGUGCUUGAGACUACCAGUACGGAGCAAGAAACUGGAGAACAUGUGGUACACGACAUUCAUACUGUCCCAGAACCCCCUCGAGAUUCCAUUGAUAAAGAAACAAAUGAAGACAACUCCGCGGAAUAUCAGGAAUGUACUGAGGCAGCUGAUUUGAGUACAAGUGCAGAGGAAAAGAACUUAGAGGAACAUGCCAUUCAGGAACUCUCUUCUCCGCUGGUAGUAGAAGAAGCAACUAACGAAAUCCCAAUGGAAGAAGAAACCUACACUACACUUCUAGAAGAAGAGGAAAAGGAAGCGCAUGCAACAUGUAAUGAGCCCAAUGAGGAAUAUGAGGCAGAGAUUGAGAAAAAUAUUCAGGAGAAAGAUGGCAACACAGUUGGCAAUUCUGAAUCUCUGUCCGGAGAACUGAGUCAUGUAACAGCUUUGAAGGAAUCUGAAACAGAGAUCGAAAAGCAGGACAAAAACAUUGAUACUGCUCCUGAAGAGAAGGGUCAAGCAACCAUCUCAGCAGAUGAAACGGCCUCGGAAGUUGAAGAUAUUGAUGUACAAUUAAAGGAGAAUCUUGAGUCAGAAGAGAACUUGGAGGAACAAUUUCCUAUAGCAGCAGUUGAAGGUGAAAUAAUGUCGAAAGAAGCCGAAGCAGAAAACAAGGAGCAGAUAAAAAAUGUUGAUAUUGCUCAUGAAGAUGUUGAUGCACAAGCAGAGAAAACUGUCAAUUCAGAAGAGAACAUAGAUUAUCAGAUUCAGCCAAUAGCACAUGAAGGUGAAACAAGCUUGAAAGAAGCCGAAGCAGAAGAUAAGGAACAGGUCACAUAUGCUGAUAUUGCUCCUGAAGAGAAGGGUCUAGCAACCAUCUUAACAGAUGAGACACCCUUGGAAGCAGAAGAUAUUGGUGUAAAAGCAGAGGAAAGUUUCGAAUCAAAAGAGAAGUCUGAGGAAAAUCCAAUCGCAGCUGAUGAAGAUGAAACAUUCUUGAAGGAAGCCGAAGCAGAAAACAAGGAGCAGAUAAAAUAUAGUGAUAUUACUCCUGAAGACAAGGGUCUAGCAACCAUCUUAACAGAUGAAAAGGCUUUGAACAUUGAAGAUAUUGGUUUACAAGCGGAUGAAACUUUCAACACGAGCGAGAACUUGGAGAGUAAGAUUCCAUCAACAGCAGAUGAACAUGAAACAAGCUUGAAAGAAGCCGAAGCAAUAAAUACGGAGCAGUUCAAAUAUACUGAUAUUGUUCCUGAAGAGAAGGGUCUUGCAAACAUUGUAAUGGAUGAAACAUCUUUGGACGUGGAAGAUAUUGAUGUAAAAUCUGAUGAAGUUUCCAAAUCAAAAGAGAACGUGGAAGAGAAGAUUCCAAGUGCAUCACAUGAGCGUGGAACAUUCUUGAAUGAAGCUGAAGCAGAAAGCAAGGAGCAUAUAUACAAUACCGAUAUUUCUCCUGAAGAGAAGAGUCUAGCAACCAUCUCAACAGAUGAGGCAACAUUGGACGUGGAAGAUAUUGGUGUACAAGCAGAGGGAAGUUUUGAAUCAAAAGAGGACUUCAAGGAGAAAAUCCCAACGGACGAUGAAAUGUUCUUGAAGGAAGCCGAAGCAGAAACCAAGGAGCAUAUAAAAUGCAGUGAUAUUGCCCCGGAAGAGAAGGGUCUAGAAAACAUCUUAACAGAUGAACAUCCUUGGACGCCAAAGAUAUUGAGGUACAAGCAGAGGAAAGUUUUGAAUCAAAUGAGAACUUGAAGGAGCAGAUUCCAACAGCAGAAGGGGAA